AUGCGAUCAAUCGUCGGCCAUCAGUCGGAGCGAUUUGAACAAAUCACAGCACAAAUGAUGCGAAAUAAUCCCAGAUCGGCAUUACUCGAGGAUUACUUAGUGCGAGAGGGACGGCAACAUACGGUACACCCCAGGAGAGAGAGGGACGGAGCGCAGAGUGACGUGCCGAUUUGUCCGGAGCGCGCUAAACAAACACCUUUUAAGAGUCGCGCAGAUUUGAGACAUUCAGAAUAA